AUGUCGGAGUUUCUGGAUUUUCAAGCUGAGGAAUCAGAUAUUUCUCGUACCUCUUCAGAUACUGAUUCGUCUGAACCAAGGAGAAAAAAAGCUAAAAAAAUGAAAGAGAAAAGAAAAAAGCGUGCUCGUAUUAGUGACGAUGAGGAAGAAGAAGAGGAUGAUGAUAAAGCAAUUCAGCAGGAAAUGGAAGGUUUUGUGGUCACCGAGUUAUCUGAUGAAGAGCAACAAGAGAAGUCCGAUGAAUCUGAUUCAGAGUUAGAUGAGGAAUUGUCUGAAGAUGACAUUGAUCUAGUAAAUGAUAAUCUAGGUCUAAGAACUGGUGGUCGUAUUCGUGUAAUGGAAGAUGACGAUGAUAAUGAAGAAAAUCAAAGACGUGAUCACUAUUCAAAUCGAAGGAGGGAUGAUGAUGCUGAUUCUAUUAGAAGUUAUGACGAUGACAGAGAUUCUCUACGUUCAGAUUCUGAAGCUGAGUCUGUUGACAAUUUUAUUGUUGAUGAUAAUGAGGAUGAGGAUAGACGUCAUGCAAGGCAUAAACAUAAAAAAGCCCGUAAUCGUGGAUUUGAAUUUAGUUCUCAUGCUAUGGAAGAAGCUAAUGAAGUUUUUGGUAUUAAUAGUAUAAAUUAUUCUUCAUUAUAUGCAGAAGAAGAAUAUGAAAAUGAGAAAGGUACUCGUACUAUAAGAAGAUUAAAAUCAUCCAUGAAAAAGGGCAUUCAAUUAGAUCCAACUGAACUUAUAAUGAAUAACAUGACUGAUGAAGCUCAAAGAAUUGCAUCUAUUGAUGCUCCAGAAAGAUUUAUAAGGAGAAAGCGAGCUAUUGAGGAGUGUACGGAUGAAGAACUUAAAGCCGAAGCAUUGUGGAUUUAUGAGAAUACAUUUAACAAGAGAUUUGUUACAGAUAUCUCACCAACAGUUUUGAAUAACUUUAGAGAUACUGAGAACGACGGCAUUAUUAGAGAAAGUGAACGUGAUUAUAUCUUAAAAGGCGUAGCAACAGUUCUUAGUUUUAUACAUAACCAAAAAUUUGAAAUACCAUAUAUUUAUACUUACCGUCAUGAAAGUUUUAAUGAAACAACUCAUGAAGCAAAAUUUAGUCAGAAUGAUCUGUGGGAAAUUUAUUUUGCCGAUGAAACUUAUUGGAAUUUCAUAGAUAGAAAAAACAAUCUCAGGGACAUUAUGUCAAGAAUGGAAAAAUUUAUAACUCAUGAAAUUGAAAAUGGACGUACUAACUUAAGAAGGAUCUCGAAUGAAGACUAUGAUUAUUUAAAUCGUGCUUCUGCAGACGAAACAUUAACAGACGUUCAAGCCAGAUUUUCACUUUAUUAUGGACCAUAUUUUAACAAAAUGUAUUCUUGGGAACAAAAAGAAAAUUCUCUUUCUGAACAUAUGAGUGAAAAAUUAAAAGUUUCUGGACAGUAUAAACUAUCUUCAAGAAGUGAUUUAUAUCAUCUAGCUUUAUCAUGUCAUCUCAAUAAAUUUGCUGAAAAAUUUGGUUUAACUUCCGAUGAGAUUGCUGUUAAUUGUUCUACUAAUUUAUCUAAUCCAACAGAAGCAAGACAUACAGAAACUGACCCUUCAACCGAAGCAUUGAAAUAUACUUGUGAAAAUUUUCCUACUGAUAAACAUGUUAUUGAUGGUGGGGUUUUGUUACUAGCCCGUGAAUUAGCUUCACAUCCUGAUUUUCGUAAUACAAUGCGUCUUGAAUAUCAAAGAGCUGCUCUUAUAACAAUUAGAUGUACCAAAAGAGGACGUAGUGAAAUUCAAGCAGGUCAUCCAUUGUAUCAUUGUAGAUAUAUUACUGAUAAACCUAUAUCAAAAUUGUUAGAUUCUGAAUUUUUAUACAUAGUUCAUGCAGAAAGGCAAGGUUUUAUUAAAUAUGAAAUUCAUGUUGACAAAAAAUGUCGUACAGCUGAUCAUCAAUAUAUUGCUUUUAUUGAUAGUUUUAUAGAUAAAAAAGUUUUUUACACAGAGAAAAUGUCUGAAGUGGCUAAGGAAUGGAAUAAAUUACGUGCUCAAGUUUUAACUGUAGCUUUAGAAAGAUUUUUAUUUAAAGUUUUUGAAAAAGAAUUAAUUAAAAAAAUGUUGGAAGAAAGUACAACAUAUGUUAUUGCUGAAAUAAAAAUUUCAAUGAAUAAAAAAUUUAAUUUUAAACCAUAUCAACCAGGUCUUCAAGAUGAUGAAGAUGAGGAUGAUGAUGAAUCUAUUCGUCAUGGUAUACGUAUUAUGUCUAUGGUAACAACAACCAAAGAAGGUGAAGCAACAACAGCUGUUAUCCUAGAUGGUGAAGGUAAUUUACUUGAUAUGGAUGUCUUUCCUUAUAUUACAAAUAGAUACUCAGAAGGUCCUAAACGUCAUAAUCCUAAUGGUUUAAUGCAGAAUUUAGAAAAAUUAAAAGAAUUUAUUGUGAGAAAAAAGCCUCAUGCAAUUGCUUUGGCAGGUGAAAAUUUAGACUCUCUUCGCAUUAAAACAUUACUUAGAGAUGCUUGUGAUGAUUUGAAAAGAAAAAAAGAUAUUAGAAGAAAUAUUUUUGUAGAUAUUGUUGAUCCAGGUGUUUCCUUAGCGUAUUGUUAUUCAGAUAUGGCAGAGAAUGAAUUUAGUGGACAAACUUAUGCUUCUAAACAAGCUAUCUCUUUGGGAAGAUUUUUCAUUGAUCCACUAGUUGAGACGACACAUUUAUUUAAUUAUCAAAAAGAUUUUCUUAAACUUAAAAUUCAUCCACUUCAGGAAACAAUAAAUAAAUCAACAUUUAUCAAAUAUUGUGUUGCUUCAAUAAUGAAUUUUGUCAAUAAACUUGGUGUAGAUAUUAAUAGGUGUAUAGAACAAGAACAUGUUUAUAAUAUGUUACAAUUUGUUUGUGGCCUUGGACCAGCUAAAGCAAGUCAUAUAAAAAAGUCUAUUUUGGCUUGUGAAGCUGGUCUUGCUACCACGAGAGCUGUAAUUGUAACUGUUUGUGGCAUGGGAACUAACAUUUACAUGAAUUCAUCUGCUUUUAUUAAAAUUGAUACAGUUAAAGUUAGAGAAAGAACUGACGAAAUGGUAAAUGAAUUAGAUUGUAGUCGUGUUCAUCCGGAACAUUAUUCACUAGCUGCAAAAAUUGCUUCUGAUGCUUUAGAUAUGGAAGUUGACGCUGACGAAUCUCAAAUUAGUGCUAUUAUUGAAGAAGUUCUUAAGAAACCCAAAACUUUAGAAGUUUUAAACCAAAGUUCUUUAAUUAAAUAUCUUUCACAUACAGAAUUUGGUGAUACUGGUUACCUUGUUCCAUUUAUUAUCAAAGAAUUGAUGGAUAGGUAUGCUGAUCCACGAAAAUAUAUACCACCAACAGCUGAUGAUAUUUUUAAAUUACUUGUUCAUGAAGAUAAAAGUUAUUAUCCUCUUGGAAAAUUAGUAUCAGCUGUUUUUAGAAAUAUUGCAUAUAAACGUUUGCAGGAGAAAGAUAUUGAGAGAGCUAAUGGCUAUCCUGUUCAUAAUAGUUUAAAUUGGAAGUGUAGAUUUUGUGGUAGUGAUAAAUUUUAUGAUUCAACAUCUGUUGUUAACCAUGUUAGAAAUGAAGAAUGUCCAGGAAAUAUAGUAGGAUUGAGAGGUGACUUACCCAACGGAAUAUCUGUUUUUGUUCCAUUAAAUCGUAUAAUUGAUGGUUGUGAUAAUGUUGGACAAGAAGCAUCUCGAUAUGAAAGAGAUGAUUUAAAUAGAAAACUUGAUGAAGCUAAAUCAAUAGCAAAUAAAGUUAAGAAAGGAUCCCAAUUAAUUGGUAGAAUAAUUGAACCAGUAAGUACAGAAAAAUUUUCUAUUCUUCUUUCCUGUAGACCAAUUGAUUUGAAAACAGAAGAUGACAAUAAAGAACUUGAUAUAUAUUUUGACUAUGAGGUUUACAAGAGUGAUAUUGAAAGGGAUACAGUUGCCAAACAAACUCCAAAAACUGCUGGUGGUUACUUUAAAAGAGUAAUUGCUCAUCCACAUUUUUAUAAUGUUAGUUUCAAACAAGCUGAAAAUAUACUUUCACAAAAAGAACCUGGAGAAAGUGUUAUCAGGCCUUCUUCUAAACACAUUGAUCAUCUUUGUGUGACAUGGAAAGUCACUGAUGACAUCUAUCAACAUGUUGAUGUAAUUGAAAAAGACAAACCACAACCAUUUUCUCUUGGAAAGACUCUUAUAAUUGAUGAUGAAGAUUAUGAAGACUUGGAAGAAAUUUUGGCACGAUACAUACAACCAAUGGCCAGGUUAGUUCGUUAUGUUAUGGAUCAUAAAUGUUACAAAGAAGGAAUAUUUGCUGAAGAAGACAGUAGACUUCAAGAACAAUUAUCUUCCGAAAAAUCUCAGAAUCCAUCUCGUAUACCUUAUUUUUUUGUACCAUCAAGAAAGUAUCCUGGUAAAUUUGUUAUUGCUUAUCAACCUAGACAAAAAAUGUUAAAAGAAUACUUUUCUGUUAAACCUAAUGGUUUCAGAUUUAGACAACAAAUAUUUCCAACCCUUGAUUAUAUGAUGAGUUGGUUUAAAUCUAACUUCAAUAAGAUGCCUCCUCGAUAA